UCCACCAGAGAUAUGCAACAAAGUAUGAAAGUGUGCCAACCAAGCCCGGUCUCCCCUACCGUGUGCCUGAACGCUAGAAAGAGAGAGAACGAGGGGCUGCUGCUCAAAACCUAUUGAACUGCCUACCUAGGCAGCAUUCUUGUGCACUAGACGGGUUUCUCGUUAGCUUUGCUCACACACACACUCUCAGCUCAGCUUACUCGGAACGCGCCUCUGUUGCCCCUAAUGCUGUCUAGGUAGGCAGCCUGCUAGGUUUCGACAUAUAGCCCGAGAGAGUGCUUGCGUGUGUAGGGGUUGGACUUUUCCGAGGCCAAGCUCUGUGUAGUCGAGCAGAAGUCUCACUCUACGUCAUUCGCUUUCGAAGGCGAUUGUGUUGGUCGGUAGUGACUUACUGUACAGUAUUUUAAAGCACAGGGCUGGCGGAUAGUCCACCGUCCUUUUCUCUCCACAAACUCACUGCCGACCUUCCUCUUCGGUGGCGAGAGUUGUAUCGGUACCGACUCGGAACAGCUGUCGUCAACAAUAAAAGAAAGAUCCCUCCCGAUGCUUAAAUUGAUACCUCCACUUCAAGUAGACGAGAACUUCAAACUUCUUAAACUACUUCAAAGAGUUCUCAGCAAACAAUCCUCCAUGCACAGCAAUGAGAGCUUUGCAGAUCCUUGGCAUUCUAGCUGUCAGUUUGUCCAGAUACUCAGAUAUAUGUUGGGUAAAGGGUCAAAGCGGAAACUAGAUGAGGAUGAAGAGGGGCUGGAAAGCAAAGCGUUGGCGGCAGGGAUUGGAGCGUUGACCGACGGCCUCUCUAAGGUGUCCUACACCCUGCAGAGGCAGACCAUCUUUAACAUGUCCCUGAUGAAGCUGUACAACCACCGGGCACUCACAGAACCCAGCCUGGAAAAGCGUGUUCUAAUCAACAACAUGUUAAGACGCAUCCAGGACGAGCUAAAGCAGGAGGGCAACCUACGGCCGCUCUUCUUUUCGCCCUCCCCUCCGCCCGACGACCCCGUGGACGAGAGUUUCUGCGAAGCGCAACCUGCCUUCAGCGUGUUGUCCAUGGUGGCACCGCCGCAGUCCCAGUCACCCGCACUCUCCGCUCCAGUCCCUACGCCCCCCUUGCCAGGACUGUCAAACCCUGCUCCUCUGGAGGCCUGUCUCACCCCAGCCUCACUCUUAGAGGAUGACAGUGUCACGCUUUGCACAUCACCAUCUCCACUAGCUCCUCCUUCUGUGCCCAGACUCCCUCCCUUAGUGGCCAGAGACAGCUUCUCUUCUGCCCUGGAUGAUAUUGAGGAACUCUGUCCGUCUCCUUUACCGCCAACUACAGCAUUGCCCGGUGCUACCUCUUCCCAUUCCUCCCUGACUGUGGCCCUCCAUUUGCCCUUGUUGCCCCCCACCUUAAACUCAGGGGACUCCAAAGACUGCAGUAAGCCUUGCUGCCCAAAGCUUGAAGGGCUGGUCCCGCUGCCUGAGGAACGGCCAGCAGUCCCCAAUGCACCUGAGGCCAGAUUGCUGGAGACCCUUCCUCCUAACAACCUAGACAUGAACACCUCACCCACCUCCUCAUCCUCGGGCUUUCUAACAGACCUGGCCCUGGACGACAUUCUCUUUGCAGACAUUGACACAUCCAUGUACGACUUUGACCCCUGCACCUCUUCCUCAGGUGGUGCCCCCUCAAAACUGGCACCAGUGGUGACGGCGGACGAGCUCCUCAAGACUCUGUCACCCUACAGCGGUGCUGCUUCUUCGGUCACCUCAAACCAGCCUUUCAAAAUGGACCUCACUGAACUGGACCAUAUUAUGGAGGUGCUUGUGGGAUCAUGACCAGGUUUGGAGGGAAUUGGGGAAGAAAUGCUAAACCAAUCAAAGAAUUUUUAAGUACAAACUGAGAAUGAAACUGAAGAAUCACUUUGUGAGUGUUUUUGUACAGUUUUUAAAGACAAGGAAAUUGACAUUUUAAUGGUGAUGUUGCCCAGUACUACUUCUCAACACUGUGCAUGCACUGUGCUUGCCUUUUCCAAAAAUGAACAUGAAGAAAUCUUUGGAACACACUUUGGCUUCUGGCAUAUCUGAGUGCCUUCAUCAUUUAUGACCUCUUGGUAAAUUUUGGUCUAUUCGUCCUUGUGUCUGUUUCUUUUCAUUUCUAAUUGAACAAGACGAAUCGUCAGAGGAGUAGUAUCUUUCUACCCCCUCCUCAGCAGACAGGUGCAAGAAUGUGCAAGUACAGCCCUAUUUUCGUGUUCUUUUAUUUUCACGAAGCACAAUGAUUUUUGAAAGAGGAACUUGUUUUGUGUUCAUGUUUUUCUAUACAGAGUUAAUGCCUCUAGACAUUAUAGUAAUAUUUAAAGUGGUCUGUAAUUUUGCUGUCAGUCCUUCAUUCAUUUUCGUCAGCUUCCAUUUAAAUGUUAAAGUGAAACAUGAAAUGUACACAUUUAUGGAACAUGCUUUUCCUUUACCAGGUUAUUUAUACAUCUGUGCAGUGGUCAGAUAUUUACAGUCAACCAAAUUUCUUGUGAUCUGCCAUUAUGGCUUAGAUUCCAUGUGUUUACAUCUCAGCUGGCAAUAAGUGAACCUUUCUUCUGAUGCACAAUGUUUUACAGAUACAUUUAUUUGAUACGGUGGGGAAAUUAUCAAGCCAAUGCUACAACCCCUUUAAUGUAUGCAAUCAAUGCUUUUCUGAUCAGUAAUAAGCAAACCAUCACAUUUUUGCACCCAUUUCCUUGUUAUUUGUGUCAAGCCAUCAUCAUAACUUCUCUUUUUUGGCUUUUGUUUGGGCUUCACAUUACUCCUGACAUUGUGGCUCUUUCAGUUUAAUGCUACACUAAUGCACAGCAAGAGGGUCUAUGCAUGUUUGUACAUGCAAAGAUGAAAAAACACUACAUAGACACCUGUGUUCAUGGUUGCUAUUCUAUGAGCCCAUUUUCAGCAAAAUUUCCAUCGAACUCUGUUUGCCAAACAUUUCCUUCGUAUAUGUCUCUCACAAGUACAACGGUACAUUUCUGUUAACAUACUAAUGCAUGCAGGAUUAUAACUCAUAAUUGUACAGAUGUCAGAUAUAUGAUUUUUUUUAUUUUUUGUUAUGGUUUGCUCUUAUUUUAUCUUAUUUAUACAAUUGUUUGAGUUUUAAUUAAUGUUAUCUGUUCAUGUUAAAUCAGAUUUUCUCUCUGUUGACCUGCUGGGUUUUCUCUUGGUGCUGUUUGGCCAGUAGAAAUGGUCACAUUACAUUUAAAUGGAAGAUUAUUUGGGGGAGUUUAAAGGAAUGUUACAGGGUUAAACCAAUGCAUUUUUAGCAUAGUGUUGAUUACCACAAAAAGAUUAUCGCCCCUUACUUAUAAAAAAAAAAAAAAAAAAAGAGCAAAAAACAUGGUUACAGUUAGGCACUAACAAUGGAAGUGAAAGGGGCAAGUCUAUAAACAUUAAAAUACACAUUAUUUCGAAAGUAUAGCCACAAGAUGUAAAUAUUAUACAUGUUAACAUGAUUUUAUUGUGAUAAAAUCAAGGAUUUACCUGCGUUACGGUGGUUAUUAGAUUACAGGGUUUACCAGCAUAUUGUAAUUUUGAAUAUAACUUCAAACAGAAGAGGUUAGAAAGCGAUUAUAUCACACUAAAAUUAUGUCAACACGUAUAAUGUUUACGUCUUGUGGCUAUAUUUUUGAAACUGUGCAUUUUUAUGUUUUUGGACUGGCCCCAUUCAUUUCCAUUGUAAGUGCCUUAAUGUAACCACAGUUAGUGCUUUUUUUCUUCUUCUUCUUCUUCUUCUUCUUCUUUUUUAAUAAAAGAGAGUCAAAAUAAUUGUUUGUGGUAAUCAACAUUAUGCCUCAAAUACUGUCCAGUGAACUUUUACUGAACCCAGAUCAUUCCCCUUUAAAAAUGCACACAUGAUAUUCAUGAUAUUUGUUCACCAGAAGAGUUCAGAAGUCUUCUAGAGAUGUGCUUAUCGGGUGACAUUUUUUCAGUAAGCUUUGGAAUUUCAUUCUGUCCUAUUGUCAUUCCCUCUCCCAGUAUAGAAGAGUAUUCUGCAUGUACAGUAUGUGCAAUAAAAAGCACAUUAUAUUCGCUAAGACUCCAUAAAACACUGAAUUUGAUUGGUUUACCGGAUUGGUUAGAAUAUUAUUUUAUGUGCGGUUCACAUGUUUGAAUCAAAAGGAAAGGGACCAUUUAUCAUAUCAGUUGUAUUAGUUUCAUAGAGCAGUCUGCUGUAUUGCACUAGUUGUCAUUAAUAAUAAUGUUAUGGGUAUACAAACUGAAAAAAAAAAAAAUACUAUGCACAAUAUGGCUUUGUGGUAUGAAUCAAUCAAACAACCAUUGCAGAGAGCAAUGGGGUAGGGAAGAAAACAUAUUUAUUAUCACGAGUUAAAUGUCUUUUUAAAAGGUAUCUAAUUCAUCUUGUUCAGGUGUGGCCAUUAAAAAUCUGACAUUUUAACAUACUGUCAGAGAGACCUUUCCUAGAGGCAACAAUUUUAGAUUUGUUACAACCCAGAGUUCAAACGAGAGAUUGUCUGAGAAUUUUAAACAUGAGUGAAUGAGAGCCAUGCGUACAAUACUAUGGAAUCAAAACUAUGAUUAAUAUUACUUAUAGGAUUUUUGGAUUUGGAGUGUGUGUUUUUUUGAAGUUAUUUAUUUUUACUUUCUGUGUAAAUAUAUUUAAGCUAACAUCCAGAUUGUCAUUUGUACAGAAUAUGAGAUAGGAAUGUAUUAUGCUUAUGGGAAUGUAUCACUGCUUAUUAAUUGGGGUGGAAGCCAUUUAAAUUUAAUUUCAUCUUGUUUUAAUAAUGCAUUAUUUUGUGUCUUGUUUAGUUUAUUGUAUUAUAAUUUGGGGUGGUGUUUGUGCUAGUCUCUAGGUCAGCACUCCCUGCCCCAUUUAAUGAUGAGUAUUUAAUGUUUUUAUGUAUUUCAGAUUGUGUGCAAGGGAAAAGGUUUGUGAAGCAAUACUUUAUUCUCUACAAACUUCAUAAUUUCAAUCUUCCAAAUCCUCUUACUGAGAAAAUGUUUUGAUAACCCUCAAUGCCAAAUGUAAAAAGAAAAGAAGCAUGAUUUCUGAUCUUUGUUCUUAUUUUUAAAUGGUAUCUCAGUGUCUUCAGCCCAUGGUUCAAGCCACACAUUUGGCAAAGUUAAAGUUAAGUGGUUUCAGGAUAGUGACCACUGGGAUUAUUUGUGUGUGUGUGUGUGUGUGUGUAUGUGUGUGUGUGUGUGUGUGAGAGAGAGAGAGAUAGUGGUGUGGGGGGUCUCAACCCUUUUUCUGCUCAUCAAGAAAGUCUGUAUCUUCAGGCUUUGGAGCUGUGCCUUUUUCUAUGCAAUAAUACCGACAAUUUCAUUUUUGAGAAAAAUAACCCAUCAACUGUUGAUCACUGUAUUUGCAUAAAGGUGUGGAC